AUGGGUACUUCGGAGAAGCAACAGGUCCCAGGACCCGACCAAGAUGGUGACAAAGACAUGGGCGCUGGCGAAGGAUAUGCUGUAGGUGGAGCAGGAGGGCUCAACCAACACCUCUGCUUUGGUAACCGAGACCUGACUGCUAAGGCUGUGGCUACAUUCUGCGCUGUGGGCUCUGGAGUUGCCAUGGCCAUGGUGAACUUGGUGUUUGGCCAGUUCAUCACUGUCAUCACCGACUAUGCCACGGGCACAUCCUCCCCUGCUGGAUUCCGUAGUGACGCAGCCAGACUUGCGUUGUACUUCUUCAUCAUCGGAAUCGCUCGAUUUGUCGCCAGCUACGGCUAUAGCGUUCUCUUUACACUCGCCGCCUAUCGUAUCACUCGAAACAUCCGCUGCGUCUAUGUCAAAGCCGGACUUAGCCAGGAAAUUGCUUACUUCGACUCUGGAAUCGGUGGAUCGAUUGCCAUGCAGGCAACUUCGAACGGCAAACUCAUCCAGGCUGGCAUUUCAGAAAAGCUAGGCCUCAUGGUCCAAGGAUUGUCUUGCUUUGUUGCCGCCUUCAUCUUAGCCUUUGUCACUCAAUGGAAGCUGACUCUGAUUUGCUGUUGUAUUGCUCCAGCAACCCUUAUUGCCAUGGGCGUCAGCUCUGCCUUGGAAGCCUCCAUCGAAACCAAAGUCCUCAAGGUUCACGCACAGGGCGGUUCCUUCGCAGAGAGUAUUCUCUCGAGCGCUCGAAAUGUCCAGGCUUUUGCUCUUCGAUCACGACUUGUCCGAGAAUUCGACAAGUAUUUGGAUGAGGCCCACAGGCUUGGCAACAAGAAGAACGCGCUCCUCGGUUGCAUGUUUUCUGUUGAGUACUUCAUCAUCUUUGCCGGUAUUGGCUUGUGUUUCUGGCAAUCUAUCAAGAUGAUUGCCACCGGCGAGGUAGACAAGCCUGGCGAUGUGUUUAUCGUUCUCAUGUCGGUCAUCGUCGCGUCUUCAAGUUUGACGUCCAUCGCCCCCUACUUGAUUGACUUUAGUCGAGCUGCUUCCGCUGCUGUCGAGAUCUUCCGAUUGAUUGAUCGCACCUCGGCCAUCGACCCAUUUUCUGACGCUGGAGAGCAACCUACCGAGAUCGAGGGCAACAUUGACUGCGACAACCUUAGCUUCAGCUACCCCAUGCGCCCCGGAGUUACAGUACUGGAAAACUUCUCCCUCCAUAUUCCCGCUGGCCAGGUUACAGCUCUUGUUGGAGCCAGUGGGUCCGGCAAGAGCACAAUUAUCGGCCUCAUUGAACGAUGGUAUAAUCCAGACUCGGGCUCUGUGAAGCUAGACGGUCGACCAAUCGAUAAAAUAAAUGUCCAAUGGCUGAGGAAGCACGUUCGCCUUGUUCAACAAGAACCAGUCUUGUUUUCGGGUACGGUCUACGACAAUAUUGCAAAUGGUCUCAUCGGCACAGCAUGGGAGAAUGACUCACGGGAGGAGAAGCUGGCAAGGAUUCAAGAAGCUGCCAAGAUUGCUUACGCUCAUGACUUCAUUAAUUCCCUUCCGGCCGGCUACGACACGAUUAUCGGUGAAAGAGGCGGUUUGAUCUCUGGAGGUCAGAAGCAGCGAGUGGCUAUUGCUCGAAGUGUUGUUUCGCAACCGCGUAUUCUACUUCUCGAUGAGGCCACUAGCGCUUUAGAUCCCCAGGCUGAGGAGAUUGUUCAGAAGGCUCUCGACAAUGUUUCCAAGGGUCGCACUACCGUCACUAUUGCGCACAAGCUGGCUACGAUCCGCAACGCUGAUAAUAUUGUGGUGAUGGACAAGGGCCGUAUUGUUGAGCAGGGUACACACUACUCUCUUGUUGAGGCCGGUGGUGCCUAUUCUCGCUUGGUUAAAGCUCAAGAUCUGUCAGCAGCUGCAAAGCCAGAUUUCGAUACUGACUCCUCGACCGAAGGCGACGAGGUCGAGACCAACGACGAACCAGCUGCGCUCACUAGGUCGCUGACACGGUACUCAACAACGACCAAAGGGCGUCUAGAGUCUGACCUGGACCGCGACGACUAUGAUAAGUUCAAGCGUGUUGGACUUAUCCGCACCGUGUGGAAGAUCUUAAGAUCGACCCCCGAACUCAAGUACACAUAUCUGCUGCUGGUGUUGUCGUGUAUGGCUGCAGCCGCUGCUUACCCUGGUCAAGCUAUUUUGAUGUCUCGGUUUAUUGACGUUUUCAAGCUUACUGGUAAUGCGAUGCAGAAGAAGGGAAGCUUUUUUGCUCUAAUGUUCCUUGCAAUGGCUUGUGGCUGUCUCGUUGUUUAUUUUGUUCUUGGAUGGACAUCAAAUGUCGUUGCUCAGACAUUGAAUCACAAGUACCGAAAGGCAAUCAUCAACGAUAUGCUUCGACAAGACCUUCGUUUCUUUGACCGCCCUGAGAACACGACAGGUGCCUUGUCUAGCCGUGUAGAUUCUUACCCUCAAGCUAUUUUCGAACUCAUGGGUUUCAACGUUGCCCUCAUCCUGGUUUCAGUCCUCAGUUUGUUGUCAUGUGCAAUUGUAGCCUUGGCUUACGGAUGGAGAUUGGGUGUCGUUAUUAUCUUCGCCGGCCUUCCGCCCAUGUUGCUCUCGGGCUACGCUCGUCUUAAAAUGGAGGCCCAGAUGGACAUCAAAAUCUCCAAGCGAUUCUCACAGAGUGCAUCCAUCGCAUCAGAAGCUAUAAGCGCUAUUCGGACAGUUUCUUCCCUAGCCAUUGAGAACUCAGUUCUUGACAGCUAUGGCAAGGAACUGCAGCACGCCAUCACCGACUCAGUGAAGCCAAUUUGCCUAAUCAUGCUGCCCUUUGCAUUCACUCAGAGCGUAGAGUACGCAUUCCAGGCGUUGGGCUUCUGGUAUGGAUGCCGCCUUGUCUCCACCGGGGACCUCACCAUGGUCAACUUCUUUGUCGCAUUCCUCGGAGUGUUUUUCUCCGGUCAGCAGGCGUCCAUUCUCUUCGGAUUUGCCAGCAGCAUGACGAAAGCAACCAACGCUGCCAACUACCUCUUCUGGCUCGAACAGCUGAACCCUUCAAUCGGGGAGACGGACGAGAAUCGCGCCAAUGGACCUGAAGGAUUCCAGUCCCUCGAUGUCGACAAGGUACAAUUCUCUUACCCCUUGAGGCCUGACGCCCAGGUUUUGCGUGGCAUCAAUCUCAAGAUUAAGAAAGGCCAGUUUGUUGCUUUUGUCGGUGCCUCGGGCUGUGGAAAAAGUACCAUGAUCGCCAUGCUGGAGCGUUUCUACGACCCGGUCCGCGGCCACCUUGUUCUGGAUGGCAAGAACCUGGAUGGGAUGAACCCUUGGGCAUUCCGUAGGGAAGUAGCCCUCGUCCAACAAGAGCCCAAACUCUAUCCUGGUACUAUUCGCGAGAACAUCGCCAUGGGUGUCCCCAACGAAGACACUUCAUCUGUAUCUGACGACGACAUUAUCCAGGCCUGUCGAUCCGCCAACGCGUGGGAUUUCAUCUGCUCGCUACCGGAAGGCCUUGCCACUCCCUGCGGAGCCAACGGUCUUCAGCUUUCGGGCGGCCAACGCCAGCGCAUCGCGAUUGCCAGGGCACUUAUCCGAAACCCGCGCCUACUUCUCCUCGACGAAGCUACUAGCGCUCUAGACACGCAGUCGGAGCGAGUAGUCCAGGAUGCUCUCAAUGAAGCUGCAAAGACGGGCGACAGAAUUACGAUUGCUGUCGCCCAUCGAUUGUCGACUGUCCGCCACGCCGACAUGAUUUGCGUCUUUCACAAUGGCAAGAUCCUAGUGACUGGAACACACGAUGAGCUGCUGUCUAGGAGCGACAUGUACAAGAAGAUGUGUGAGGCACAGAACCUCGGGCAUUAA